UUCAACUGAAUAGUUACAACCUCCACGGCUGCAUUCUUACACAUUUAUUGAAAACAGAACGUGAAAAAGUCAAAAUGAAGAAGCCUGCUCUCAUCUCUGCAGUCCUGCUGCUGCUGUUUUUUGUUGGGACAUCAGCUCAGGGUAACACUAACUUCAGAGUGCAGGUGAAUGUGUCACCCAGUGACAUUAAGAUCUACAGCACUUCUACUGCUUAUAGAGGAAGCCUCUUCGGUGGACUGAUGAGACUGAAAUACUCAAACCAAGGCUUCAACUUUCAGUACAUACCAAAUGAUGACUAUGGACCAUUCCUUCAGAGUGUAAAUGGUUUGGCAGGAAAUUCAUCACACUACUGGCAACUGCUGAGUGGUAAAACCCCACUCGAUGUUGGUAUGGGAUGUUACCUUCCAACAGCAAAUGAAGUCGUCACCCUGAAAUACACAAAAACUUAAGACCAUCUAAAGUCUUAUUGUUACUUACGGUCAACCAAUAUGCUUUGAUCUUUGGCAAGUUGAGGUUAAUAAUUGACUUGUUGUGUCAUUUUUUUGCUUGGGAGUCUUCUAAUCAUAAAACGGUAGCCUAUCACUAGCUUAGAUUCUUUUACUGGGUUUCUGUCAGACUUUAUGAAUUAAAAUUACAGCGUUAAUCUACAAUUCUGCCACAGUGUAGUAAUCUGGAGUAAUAGAAAACUCCAUCAGUCACAAGAGCAAUCAGUAAAACAUAUACAACACAACAACUUGAACUGUUUUUUAAUUUACUGCCUUUAUGGCAACUUUUAUUGUGUUUGAGAGCAAUUAGUAGUUCUCAACUUGCCCCUGAGUGCCAUAAUUAUACAUUCAAAUUCCAUUGUUUGAGAGCUACUUGUAUGCUGACAAGUGGUCUCAGUUUUACUGUAAAAGGAUGGUGUGGUUAUACAGUAGACUGCCCAGAGGCUGCUGUUGGUGAGUUGGUGAGUGAGCAAAAACAGUAAGGGGGGUCAGCUGCUGACUCCAUGUCAAAAUAGCUUCUUUAUCCUGCAAAUCAAGUUAUCAACAGCUUGCGAGUCAAAAGGCUUCUGAGAUUGACUGGGCUGCUGACUUCACCUGGAUAACAGCAGGUCUUAAGAUCAGCUGUGAAAUUAAAGCUAUUUUUGAACUUUUUGGGGCUCCUAGAGGGUUGUGAGAGGGGCAAAAUAAGAUCAAAUUCAUUGCUGAAUAAUUUUUGUGUUAGUGCAUUUUUAUUUUUUUAAUAAAAUGUUACUGAUUAUUAGUGUUAUCUUCUG